CCGGUAACGCCUCAGUAACUGUAAACACAAGCACAACGAAAACGCGGCGCGGGAUCAUUUUGUGCUGCUUUUGUUGUUAAUUAAAUUAAACACACCGGAUCGAACGGUGCCGGUGUAGUUAGUGAUUGUGCAAAAUCGAUAAAUUGUUCGCUCUCCGUUACUAGUGCGUAUUCGCUUCAGUCAUGUCGUUCAAUUUUGGAAACACAUCAGCGCUCGGCUCAACGAGCACACCGACCAAGCGUAAGUGUAUGGGAGCGGCAAGCACCACCGGACUGUGGGGUGUCUUCUUUCGCAGGUUAUGUGAAGGUCCAUUGUUUACACAAGCGAGGGAACGCAAAACAAAACUGCGGAAAAUAUCACUAAUUUAUUGCAUUCGUGUAGAUAGUAUAUGUUGUCGCUUAACUCUACGAAACCAAGUCAAAAAUUUAACAAAAAUACAAUCAUUUGUAAGCACCGCAUUCCGGCACUUCACCGGAGUAACGUUUGCCCGGGAUUGUCCUCGGCGAUGGCUGGACAAGCAGCAGCUUCACGUUCUUUAGAAAUGUUUCUCGAAUACCGACGGGUGGAUCUGUGAGUGCUGCUUCUUCGCCUCGUCGUUUCGAUCGGUGCCUGUGGGCCAUCGAUGUUCUGAAAUCCUUUCCUGUGGGUUCGAGGAGAAUAUUUUGCACAUGUACCCGAAAAUGCCAAGCACCACUAUGAUGAAGACGGACGUAAUUGUGACGGUGAUGUAGAUGUAGAACAUCUGUAUUUUAUCCGACAGCAUGUCUGAUCCGGAGCUCGAUUUGCUUUGCCACAUAUCCGGCACUGGAAAACAAACAAACGGAACACAAUGAAUCCUUUAGGAAAGCUCCUUCACCAAAACACCCAGGAGCAGUACCUAUAUAGUUGCCAUUCUCAUCACUAACUCCCGAUUCCGGCAGCGAAGCCAUCGUGGUCGUGCUGGUAGUGGUGGUUGUAGUCGUCGUGCUUGGCUGAUAGUACAACGCUGGCGAGCGGGUCGGCGGUCCGGGGAAAAUUAUUUGGCCUUUAUCGCUGAGAAAUCGGUGGCCAGAUUUGAUGUACAUGGUAAUGGGUCGCUUAACGGUUCACUUCGCUUUGCACUGCAGCACUCAGUAGAAACACUCUGUCACGGACGCUUCCUCCGCACCAAAGUUGCAUUCCAUUACACGUUGGCAAAUUUUAAAUUACUUAUUCUAUCGAUGCAAUACGAGGGAAAUCCUAAAUAACACAAAAUGUCACGCCAUUAAGCACUCUCUCUCUUCUUGGAAGAGACGCAACACAUCCUCACUUGCGUAGAGCAACGAGCCAGUGACACUUAUUGGAAAGCACCAAUGUUUCCGCUUCCGAACACUAUCACCAACUGAAUCCACCCGCGAUGGGCCACCACAUUCGGUUGUACAAACCAUCCGUCAGGAAGGUUGUCCUUGCAUCCACCCCCCAGAACUCGGCGGGAAACAAAAACAAUGUCCUCCCUGUCUCGCAUUUUCUUUGUGCGCUAUGCGAUACUACCCGCUACAGGCUAACUGACACGGGGGGCCACCUGACCAGGGAUGCUUAUGUCGUGCUCGAUAAACGACGAAGCGCAAUCCAAUUAGCAGUGCUUGUAAAGUUGACCGAUUUACUACCAUCAAAUAGGUCGAAACAAUCUGGCUAGAACAUUCUGCCUGUCUGCACCAGCAAAGGCAGGCCAGUAAUGAAGCAAAUUGGAACGGUUUAGUAGGCUAAUACCAUCCGGUGGUCUGAUUCCACUUACAAAGUUCCAAGAACGGCAACGGACCGGGGCAUAGUUGUGGAAAAUAUUGAUUUAGAAUAUUGUUUUGCUAGGGUUAUCUUGUCGAUAAUUUUGUCCAAAAUCGCAAGAUGGGUAAGAAUGGUGGCAUGACAAUCUGACCUGACCCACACAAAUCAAGUCAAAGGGUUGCACAUGCCGGAAACGCAUGCCUAGGAUCGCGUGGACAUACCGCUAGGGACCUAUCGGCUGAUUUUGGCCAUGCCGUUCCACCGGGUGUUCACGUGUUCCACAUGGAGCAAAUCUAGGCACGAGAACUACCACAAGGAACCAACCGGCAGAAAGCAGGUAAAUAAUCCUAUUAACAGUCGCUUGAUUGGCAUUUUCUUUCCCGUCUUCUCAACAGCGGCUUUUGGCAAUUUCUCAUUCGGUGGACAAACCUCCACGCCCGCAUUCGGUGCCACUGCAACGGCUGGUGCAGCACCGGCGUUCGGGCAAGCAACGGCCACGUCGGCAUUCGGUGCAACGGCAACGCCAGCGUUCGGAGCACCGGCAGCCACACCGGCCACCGGUACGGGUGCAUUCGGAACGCUAGGGUUCGGUGCUUCCACCGGCGGAACUACCGCGUUCGGUGCCGCCCCAACCAGUUCCGCACCUUCGUUCGGGUUCGGCACAAACACAGCCCCAGCAGCAACACCCGCAUUCGGUGGUUUCGGUACCGCCACGUCAACCGCGGCGACUGGUUUCGGUGCAUUUGGUGCCACCACUGCCACCAGCACCAGUGCUCCAGCGUUCGGUGGCUUCGGUACAGCCGCGCAACCAUUCGGAUCUUCGAUUGCGACCACUUCCGCACCAUCGUUCUUCGGUGGCCUUGGAUCGACCCAACCCCAAGCAAGCACCGGGUUCGGUGGAUUCGGUACCGGGAGUACCUUUGGUGGCACAACCUUCGGGCAACCGGGAGCCACUGCCGGGGGCUUAAACUUUGGACAAUCGGCCUUUGGUCAGCAGCAGCAGCAGCAGCAGCAGCAGCAACAACAGCAGCUCGCUCCGGCUCUUUCACCCGAGGAAGCUUUCGUGCAGUCCGUGUUCAAUGUGUCCAUCUUUGGCGAUGAGCGGGACACGGUCAUUUCGAAGUGGAACUACCUGCAGGCUAUGCUCGGGACGGGCAAAUCGUUCUACUCGCACAACGCACCACCGGUGGAGAUUACGCCGUCGAACUUUCUGUGCCGCUUCAAGACGAUGGGCUACAGCAAGCUGCCCGGGAAGGACAACAAAACGGGGCUGGUGGGACUGACGGUGAACAAAACGGUGGCACAAAUAAAAGAACAGCAGCAGCAGUUCAUCAACAGCAUGAAUCAAAUCUUCGGUAACAAACCAAACAUUACGAUCGUGGUGGAAAACGUGAAGUCAAUCAACGACGCGAAGGUGCAGGUCAUUAUCUACAUCGAGGAAAAGUCCACCAUCUCGAACGAGAUCAAGCGCGUGCUGGCGACGGAGGUGGCGGGCUAUCUGAACCAACCGAUGCCCAAGCAACAGCUGUCCCAGCUUGGCAUCGAAUCGGUCGUUGCGUUGGUGCUGCCGGAGGAAGAUCAGCUUAAGGAGUAUCUCGACAACCCACCGAAAGGCAUCGAUCCGCGCAUGUGGGAACAGGCGAAGAUGGAUAAUCCCGACCCGAAGCGAUUCAUUCCCGUGCCGAUGAUUGGUUUUCAGGAUUUGAAAUGGCGCAUCAAGUGUCAGGAAAAUGAGACCGAAAUCCACGCCUCCUACCUAGCGAAAGUGGAGAAGGAAAUUGCCGAGCUGAAGCAGCGUCACAUGAACACGACCGCCAAGAUUGCCGAACAUCGGCGCAACUUUGCCGAGCUGAGCCACCGCAUACUGCGCGUCAUCGUGAAGCAGGAAAGCACGCGCAAGCUCGGACUGGCCCUAUCGCCCGAAGAGGAAACGAUCCGGACGAAGCUGGAAAAUAUGCACGCACUCGUAUCCACUCCGACACAGUUCCGUGGGCGGUUGAGCGAACUGCUGUCCCAGAUGCGUAUGCAGCGAAACCAGUGGGCCCACGGGAACUUCCUGAACGAGUACACGCUGGAUAAGGAUGCCACGCAGGAGAUGCAAUCGUUCCUGACGAUGCAACAGAAGGCGGUCUCGUUUUUGAUCGACACGAUACAUAAGGACAUGAAAACGCUGAAAAUUAUUAGCGAGGGCAUGACGCAGCUGGUGCAGGGUUAGAGGGGAGGGCGAGUAGGCCCAACAGGAUCGUGUGACAUUUUACGAGAAAGAAACUCCUUCCAUUCGAUUUGGAUAUUGGUUUAUUGCGAUAAUAAAACGUUGCUAACAUUUAAAUUGUA